AUGAGGGACUUAGAAAGGCUGAACGAACUUCAGAAUUACGAGGCUCUAAAUGGGACUCACGAGUGGAAGUAUCCUGAUCUGACGACAGUAGAGGAGCUGGAGGAAGGAUUUGAAGUCCUUCGCGUGUCUCUCAACCUGCUCGAACAGCGCAACGACUCGGUCUCCCGUGAAAUGUUCACGAGCGCAUCCGUUUUCGUCUCUCGUCUCAGAGAGUUCCUUCGAGCGAGUCUCGACGUCGGCUUGGAUAUCUCGACCGCGAUCAUCGACAAUAUCGAGCUGAUUUUAAACACUCACCAACGACUUUUCCCAUCAUGCCGUCUGUUCAGCGCCUUGGCCUGCCACGAUCCUGGACAUGGCUCUUCCAUUAUUCGUGUUCGACAUGGCCCCAUACGGCCACCAGUUAAUAUCGCUAUUUGCGUCGGAUCGGCCUUGUCAUGGGUUAUGGUCAUCUCAUCUCCCACCCGAAUCGCGAUAGAGAUGGAAAGACUCCUCUCAUGGGAUCUGUUCACCGUCUUGAUUAAGGCACUCGGCAUUGCUUCGCUCACCAUGAACUUGCACGCCGAGGAGAAAAUCGUUGGUCUCCUACAGGGGAUUGCAAUCAUUCCAUCCCGGCGCACGUCGCAGUUGCUCAAGAACUUGGUUGGGAAGGCAGACUAUCUUGGUGGUUCCUACCAGGGAAAUGAACAGUGGCCCAGGCUUCGCAUUUGCCUCGGCCGUACCCUCGAGUCAUUGGGGGAGCAAUCAUCCCACAAACCGAGUUUCUGCAUGAAUCCUAAUCAUUUCGCCUCGAAACCGUCGGACUCUGGUGGCGAAGAAUUGGCGCUCAAGAUUUGCACGAACUGCAAGGUUACCGCCUAUUGUGGGGAGCGAUGCCAGAGGGAAGAUUGGAAGCAGAUUCACAAGCGCGAGUGCGGGGAUCUGGCCAAGGAAUACCGAAAACUCGUGGACGCAAAGCGCUGGGUAUCUCCUACGACUAAGCUUGGCGAUCUACUUGCGAUCAACAGCACCUUCCGCGCCCACGACACACUAGUUCCACAGAUCCUUCAACAAAUCUGCCGGGCGGGUCCUCAAGCGACAAACAAGAACUCGGUGUUUAUCCUUGGCCCGGGACUGCUUCCCCUCACUGCUCAGGAUGUCGACGAUCGGGUCAGUGGUGGAGAAGCAUUGCUUAUCGGCCAGGAUAUAGUGCUGGGUAUGAGCAAGUACCAUGUACUCGCGGUCGUCGAUCUGAAGGAUUCCGAUGGCGAACCCGGUUUAUAUCACUGCAUGACAUUGCAUGACAUAGGUUUCACUCGAGAGAUAACCGAAGAGAUGAGUUUCCGGAAGUCGACAGAUUGA